AUGCCACUAUGGAAGUCUAUGUUCGCGACCUUGCUAACCUUGAGCCUCUUCUCUGAUGGAGCUCAAGCUCAAGGGUGGUUUCAGUGGUCCAAGUGGUCUAGGCGCAAGGAAAUGAUGGUUAUCGGCUAUGCAGCAGUGUCCAGAUGGGAGGCUUUGGCCAUCAACACAGAUAGCGAGCUAUGGGUAAAGGAUUCCCCGCACAAUCUUCAAUUAGGACGUGGCUUUUAUCUCGUAAACACACCUGGUCGCUGGAUGGGUCAAGAAGAGGAGAGUUGGUACUGUGUUGUCAAAGCGAGAAGGGGGAAGAUAGAAUCAGCCGGCAAAGUCUACAUCCCGAGCAGUUACGAGAAGUUGACUCCGGCUGGUUUCGUGACCAGGAACUUGUGGGCCGCGGACGAAGCAGCCAUUGUGGAGUAUAUUGGUUCGGAGGCGUACAUAUCGAAGCCCGGGGAAGCGCUGCGCUUCUCAUGGACUCCGGAUGCUGAGGACCCGUUACUGCAAAUGGUUAUCCCGACGGCAGUGGUGAAUGACGAUAAAUUGCGUGCUUGGGCCCAAUGCUUUGAAUCGGAAGAUGAGCUAAAGCAAGUUUCUGACGCUACUAUUGAUUGGAAAGCUUGGAAGAUUAAAGGAUUUCCUAGAGUAGCGGGCUCUAGCUGGCUUAAGUAG